CUGCUGGAGAGGGAGGGAGGGAGAGGAGCGCUUGGCCUGCCUGCGUGAAGUCCUCCCAAACGCCCUACUGACUGACUGAAUGGCAGCAAUUAGGCAGCCAGCGUAGCCUGCACACAUACGCACACAUACGCACACAAACAUCGAAGGGUUCAGUAGCGCCUGAGUUAAUUGUGUGUGUGGCUGUCAGUUGAAAUGGAAAGGGGAGCUCGGUAUAUAUAAGCUCGCAUCGAUCGUCGAUCGGUUUCCUUUGGGGUUUUUCCCAUUGCAGGGGUGUAAAGGGGCGACUGGCGUGCUCAGCUACACCCUACUGAUGCGUGGGAUAUACGACUGUGACAAAUUGGCGUGUGUGACAGCAGUGGGAGACGCUGAAUGUGCGCAUUCAGAGAGAGGACGGGCCGCCCGUCUGUGUGUGCACACCCACUUUAUUUGCCCCUGCACAAAGGCGACACGUGUCGGCCGGCCGCUGACCGUCCUGUUGAUGUGCGAAACAGCCCCGUGUGUGCAAUCGACGCUGAGUAACACAUGGGCAAGUGUGUCGGUCAGGCGCACACAGACGCACGCACAGGUGAAUGACCAUUAAGGCUGACCACAGACAGCGUCACUGUAGAUGCCCGUGUCAGGCAUGCUCUUGCCGUAAUUCUCACGCCCCAGUCGCCCCCCUCCGCCCUCUCACCGCUGAGGCCGAUAUGGGUGAGUGUUUGUGGUGACAACAACCUGGGUGUGGACGCAUCGACAAGGGCACUCCAGCCAGUUGAUUAGACCUUUCCCUAUACCUUUGUCCUACCAGGAAUAUUUCCGGUCGUUGUUGGACCAAUACCCACCUCCACUCCUCAGGCCUCCACUCACCCAUCUCGGCAAACACCAGACACCCACACACAAUCCGCCAACAAAAAGACCGGCACGCCUCUACAAAAGACCGGCACGCCUGUUACCUUGUCAGGCACUCACCGGCCGUCAUUUUGCUGCCCCAAACACCCACACACGGCCACUCCACGCUGAGAAACACAUGGGCAAGUGUGUGGGCAAUUUCGUGAAUCCACGUGUGCCCGCCUGCAAGCCCUCAUCGCUCUCGUCGUCGAGGCGCUCGAGGAGAAGGGAGUCAUUGUAGACCCCUGCAAUGUCGGAAUGAUGACACUCUGCACCAAACUUCGACGACAAAACAGUCCUCGGUGUUGUUUAUGCCUUAUAUAUUUCUUCUACUCACAGGUCUGUCUCCACAGCCGUGAAUGCACUCACGUCUCCACAGCAUACAAGAUGGCCAUAUAGUACAUCCAUCACACAGUCAGUCUGCAACACUUCAAUAACCAGACAGACAGACAGACGCAAAAGAAAGGCGAAAACCAGGUAGGUGCGCGGAUCGAUCGUCAGAGCUUCAAUAAAGCGGCACUCACGCAGACACGCAAACACAGCCACGCGGCUGCAGCUAUGCACAAUACACACACACACACAGAGGGAAUGGAGCCUUCCUAUGUGUAGCAGUAUGUAGUAGAGGACGUACGGACUUGCGCGCAUGAGCAUCCCUUCGUCACUCGGUGGGUGGCGGAAAUGACCCAAAAAAAAAGUCACGAAAGACAAAGGAAUGGACGGAUAAGUAUUAAUGCCAGCCAGCCAGCCAGACAGACAGACAGACAGGGGAGGGCAGUCUGACGCCCACACCACAUGGCCCGUCCAUAUACACAUACACACAAAUAGAUAUACACACACACAGCACACACACACACACACACACACACAGUCAGGACCGCUUCCCCCCUCUCCGCCCUCCUCUGGCCGUGCUCAACAGCUGUGGAAGAGGCAGACACGCAAUGCACGAAGAAGUAGAUGGAUGCUCCCCUUGCUCAUCGGACGCCAGCUCCGCCCCCACAGCCUCUACAGCAGCAUCGUCAUCCGCCGCACCCUCCUUGACAGCACCGCUCUCGACAGCCGGCUGCUUCGACUGCACCGACUGCUCCACUGGACGCUCGACCGCCGACACAUACUGCUCUAUGGCAUGGUCCAGAUUCCCAUCGAGCUCUGCCGCCUCUCCUGUUGCUGAAGCGAUGUCACCACCACCGGCCCUGAAACGAGAUAAAGGGAAGGACAGAGAGCAUGCACACGCAGUUGUUUGGGUAGGAGGUAGGCAGGCAGGCCCACCGGGCCACUAAGCGCUGCUCGACGGGGAGCAGUUCGGCAAGGGCAGGAGGCUCCGCGUCCGUUGUUGGUCGGACGAGCACACCAUACACCACAUUCUUGCCGCACUGCUUCGACUUCCACUCCAAAACCUAUCGAUGGAUAGAUGGACGGAUGGAUGGAUCAGUCAAUCAAUCAAGGAGAGGAGUGCUGUCUGUCUGUCUGUCUGUCAGUCUGUGUGUUUGUGUGUGUGUGUGUGUGUUUGUGUUUGUGUGGACCGACAGUCCAGUCGGGCGGCCAGUUGGACCGGUUGUGGACGGUUCUCGCGUGCACCGAGUCCUUGGCUGAGGAGGAGGGCCAGGAGCAAACACCAACAGACAGCGGCGUGACCAGGCUGACUGACCAGGCGGCUGCAGGUAUCCGCUCUCUCAUCUCAUCUCAUCUCAUGUCACCUCUGCUGGCGACAGUCGGAAAU